AUGAAUAAACAUUUACAUGAACAUCCACUUAUUCCAAUGGCCAAUGGGCAGUUUCGUUCAUCAAAUCAAAUUUGGAAAGAAGCUGUAAAAGAAAUUUAUGAUUUUUGUCAGCAGCAUUUAUUAUCAUGGCUUUGGGUUUAUCUGUGGAAUGAGUGGUAUAGUGCAGACCGGUGGUUUCUAUGGUUUCGGGCAGGAUGUAGUAAUAAACUUUCAAUUAUGAAAACUAAUAUGUUUGUGGAAGCUCACUGGAAAGUACUAAAGCGUGAUUUUCUAUACAAAUUUUUUCGUCCGCGCCUGGAUUUAGUUGUCUUUAUUAUCAUGAAGCAAGUGGUUCCACAAAAUGAAAGAAAAUUUAAUCAUAUUUUUGUUGUAAAACGAGAAAAAGUUGAUCGGCGAAAGGCAUUUAAAAGGGAAUGGAAGGAGCUUUCAUCACGAGUUCUUAAUAAUAACUUAUAUUUAACUGACAUCAAUAAUUGUUUUUGUGGAUGUCCAUCUUUUCUUACUAGCCGUUUUUUAAUUUGUAAACAUCUUAUACAACAA